UAGCCAAGAGAGAGUGAGGGGGAGGGGGGCGCGGGCGACACCCAGGUGUCGCAUGGCGGGGUCCACGCGGUGAGCUAGCUGCCUGGGCCAGCAGCGCGCAGCUUACGUGAGUAUGCUCUAGGGCACCCCUGCCAGUCUCCAGUUCCCCCACGCACACGCGGGGGAGGCCCGCUCAGCCUGCUGAGCUCUGUUUUCUCCAGGUCCCGGGCCGAUGUCCCAGGUGAGCGGUCCAUGCGACCCGCCCCAUGGAGUCCCCAGCGUUGCUCUGGACCCAGCCCAAACCAUGUCCCUCCUCUCUGGGCUGGAGGCAGCGGCAGGAUCCACUCACCCUGCAGAGGCAUCAUCAGAAGAGAGCUCCCCGGAGGAGGUGGCACCCUCCAUGCCCCAAGGCAGUGGUCUUGCAGCUCACCAGCCUCUGAACAGCACUGACCUCGAUGUCUCCACAGAAGCUGUGACGCGCCAGCCUCAGGGGAACCCCUUAGGCUGUACCCCACUACUGCCAAAUGGCUCCGGCCACCCCUCAGAACUGGGCAGUGCUGAGCAUGUGGGGAACGGUGCUCUGGGAGGCCCCAAGGCCCAUCGGAAGCUGCAGACACAUCCGUCUCUGGGCAGCCAGGCCGUGAGGAAGAGCAAGGGCAGCACUCGGUCAGCCUCGCAGGUCCCCCUCCAGGCACAGGACGAUUGCUGCGUCCACUGCAUACUGUCCUGUCUGUUCUGUGAGUUCCUGACGCUCUGCAACAUCGUCCUGGACUGUGCCACCUGUGGCUCCUGCAGCUCUGAGGACUCGUGCCUCUGCUGCUGCUGCUGUGGCUCCGGCGAGUGUGCAGAUUGUGACCUGCCCUGUGACCUGGACUGUGGCAUCGUGGAUGCCUGCUGCGAGUCGGCCGACUGCCUGGAGAUCUGCAUGGAGUGCUGUGGACUCUGCUUUUCCUCCUGAUGCCACAGGGUGGCCCCAGAGCUGGCAUACAAAGCUUGACGCCUCCCCUGAACC